GACUUCUGUGACUUCCACGCCCAGCUUUUCUCUUUUCAAAUCGCCAUCUGCACUCACUCUGUUCCUUCUGAUACCAGAUACUCUCUGUCGCUACUGUUCUGUUUCGGGUUGCGAUUAUGGCCUCACUCCGUGUUCUGAUUUUUGGUGGAAAUGGUGGCAUUGGCCAACUGAUCGUUGACUCGAUGCUUACAAGAUCCUGGCACGUUACUAGUGUCAUCAGAGAUUCGAGACAAAAAGCAGACGCUCUUCGGUUAGGGCCAAAAAAAGGUCCCAAAGCCGACAUCCUCGUUUGUGAUCUAGCACGGAUGAAGGAUGAAGACGCCAGUAAGAUCCUCACGCAAGUCAAGCCCAACUAUGUUGUGUUCGCAGCAGGGAGCAUGACCAAUGUUAAUGCCGUUGAUCGAGAUGCAGCGAAAAAGAUUAUCAAGGCAGCAGUUAGUACUCUCGAAGUUACAAAAUUCCUCAUGAUAUCAUUUCCUGCCUCGCGCCGAAAGAAGGCGCCUUGGUGGGACAACACUGAUUACCAAGCUUUUCUCGACGAGACAAGAGCAUAUCCAGAGAUAGCGGAGGCUAAGCUGAACGCUGAUGAGUACCUGGUGGCCAUGGCCAAGCAGAGGAAUGAUGAGAGCCCGGAUUCUUUUCAAGCAAUUAGCUUACGACCCAGCUGGCUUUCCAACGCUCCUAGUGGUAGAGUUCAUUUGGGCAAAACCAAAUUUUCAGGACGGGUAUCGCGUGCCGAUGUUGCUGCCGUAGCUGUCAGUCUUCUUUCACGAAGUGAUGCUUCAGGCUGGUUUGAUCUCGUGGAUGGCAGUGAUGAUGUUGAAUCCGCUGUGAAUAAUGCGGUACAAAACAACUUAAAUUCUAUCCAUGGGGAGGAUCUUGAGCAGAUGUAUUGUAAAGUAAGAUAGAGCCGAGCUAACUUGGGUCGGACGGAGUGGUCCUUGAACUAUUUGCAAAACAGCCUUAUCGAGUCUUUACUUCCGGCCAUAUCUUAGCGACACCACUCGCUUUGAAGUGACCUCUAGAUUCUAGGAAUGUUCCCUUCUAUUCGAUUCUAUGACUCGCCACCACUUUAUAAUUCCGAACUGGGGCGGGAAUAUCUACGGAUCUAAAACAAUGAAAACUUUCACCACAUAGAAGAAUUAUAUGGGCAACACCACCUGAUACUAAGUAAUUCAACCAAAUCUAAACCCCUGAUCAGUCCA